UUGUGAGGCUCCCUGCAACACGCCAGUAGUUUCAUUUCACACAGAAACCGUCGCGGAGUCGACCGCAUAUAGCUGGAGACUCCGAUAGUCUUCUGAGAAAAGGAGACGGAAAACAAGCUGUAGUCAGUUAUAUGUCGUUUCCUGUGGACGAUAAUAACACAUGGCUCGUCGGUGAUGUACUUUCAAUAUCUACAAGACCUGUGGGGUUAAUAUCUCUUUUGGACAUUAUCCCGGUAUCGUCUUUUUUGACCGGAAGCAUUUCAUGAUGGAUUGGAACCGUCCCACACUUUGAAAUCAGUCCUGCCCGGUUCGAAUUACCGGUCGUGUUACGUUUCUUACCUUAAAACACCCGACCUCACCACCUCCGCGCCUGGAACAGGUGGAAACGAAUCAUUUUUUAAUUUUGUUGUUGUCACCACCCACCUGGAAGUAGCAUGGGUAACCAGGUUGAGAAACUGACACAUCUGAAUUAUGACAAUGUUCCGACCGCAGAUCCGAACGGGUUUGACACCGAGGAUGAGCUAGGGCCCCGGAUCGGAGUGUCCUAUAUCUUCUCAGCAGACGACGACGAACAAGAGGAACGUAUUGACGGACCGGACCGGAACCAGAACGAGGAAGAGAAACAAUACGAUAACUGCAACGAGUUGGAGUGUGUUGUGUACUACCGUGACGAAUCUGUGUACGAGAAAAAUCUCAAACUAUCUGAUAUGUGCACGUAUUCGACAGAGAAUCUUUUGAACAAGUGUAUACCGGGGGAUUUGGUGGAGUUCGUGGCUACGGGCCAGUACCCUCACUGGGUUGUGUACGUGGGCGACUUUCAGGUCGUUCACCUGCACCGGGCUGAAAUUAAGAAUAAUUUCCUGACAGAUGCCAGUCAGGGAAAGAGAGGCAGGAUAGUAAACGAGCUGUAUAAAUUCCGCGCUCUGCCUCCCGAGGUGGUGGUGCAGAACGCGAUGCAGCAAGUAGGAACGCGAGACAGAGAGCUGUACUGGAGAAACUCUGAGUGUUUUGCUGCGUGGUGCAGGUUCGGGAAGAGGGAAUUCAAGAUAGGAGGAGAGCUCCGUAUCGGAAAGCAGCCCUACAGGUUGAAAAUGCUUUUUUCUGAAAAGAAAAGUCACGUCCUUGAAUUUCAGAGUUUUGACGACUUGAUCAUGGAGAAGAGGAGAAACGAUCAGAUAGGCAGAGAUGCGGUGACGCAAGAGUUAGCGAACCAUCUCAACUCAACUGAUGCUGAAAUGAAGGACGGCUUUCAUCAGAGUGUAAACUGAAAGACCACAAGAGAAACGGACGGUACUGUCCAGUGGAGGACUUGGACAGCGUUCAGCUUUUGGAUACAGGAGCCUACGUGACUAGAACACUGUUGGAAAUCCUAUUUUGUUUUUUGGCGCAAUGCCGUGCGCCUUUUUACGCAUACCAAAGCAUUUCUAUUGGUUUGAGAUGAAGUAACAACUGAACCAAUAAAGUGCAUUAAUUGACCAACAGUUUAUACCUUGAGAUAAGACGGGACACCUUGAAACCCACAAACAUUCCCAUCUACACUGAACAAAAAUAUAAACACAACAUGCAACAAUUUCUAAGAUUUUACUGAGUUACGGUUCAUAUAAGGAAAACAGUCAAUUUAAAUACAUUGAUUAGGCUCUAGUAUAUGGAUUUAGGAAAUCCAAAUUAAAUUCUCUGACAACAGCUCUGGUGGACAUUCCUGCAGUCAGCAUGCCAAGUGCGUGCUCCCUCAACUUGAGACAUGUGAACAUUGUGUUGUGUGACACAACUGCACUUUUUUUUUAGUGGCCUUUUAUUGUCCCCAGCACAAGGUGCACCUGUGUAAUUAUGCUGUUUAAUCAGCUUCUUGAUAUGCCACACCUGAGAGGUGAAUGGAUUAUCUUGGCGAAGGAGAAAUGUUCACUAACAGGGAUGUAAACAGAUUUGUGCCAAAAAUGUUUGUAUGAAACAUUUCUUGUCUCUUUUAUUUCAGCUCAUGAAACAUGGGAACAACACUUUUUACAUGUUGCGGUUUUUAUAUUUUUGUUCAGUGUAGCUUAAUGUCGUCCCAUGGACUGGUCACUGUUGUUUUCUACCAAUCUGAAGAGGAGCAAAGGCUUUCCUAUAGCCUAUCAUAUCUGGCUGUUGCACAACAUGCUCCUGUACAACCCCUGGUGUUUUAGACCAAUGGAGAGGGAGCAGAACAUGCUCCUGUACAACCCCUGGUGUUUUAGACCAAUGGAGAGGGAGCAGAACAUGCUCCUGUACAACCCCUGGUGUUUUAGACCAAUGGAGAGGGAGCAGAACAUGCUCCUGUACAACCCCUGGUGUUUUAGACCAAUGGAGAGGGAGCAUGCGAUCCAUGUGACAUUUCACUUUCCAGAUUCUCUACUGUGGCUUUAUGUUUCCCUUUCUGACCUGUCUGACUGGUUAUUGUAUUCACAACCACAACUCUGUGUGUUCCAAAUGGCUCCCUAUAUAGUGCACUACUAAUGGCCAGAGCCCUAUGGUCCCUUGUCAAAUGUAGUGCACUAGUAUAUAGGGUGUCAUUUGGGACGUCUACUGGCUGCACUUUAAUUGAGUCAAUGAUUGAUUUCAUGGGUUUUUUAACCAUUUUAUUAUUUUUUUAGUUUUGGAAGUGAAUGUUUGUAAUGAGGAAAUAUAUGGAAAUAAAUAUCUAUUUAACCUAAA